GGAGGUGCUCAUCUCUCUCGCCUCAAGAGGUCAUUCUACCUACAGUUUGCCACUUGUUGCCGAAAGCUUCUCGUCCUGCUGACUCUAAUCCGACAUACUGUAUGUAUAUAUAGAAACAGAGUUAGGUGUUGUUGGUUGUUGGCUUUUUUCCUUUUCUCCCCCUACAACAAAUUUCCUCGCGAUCAGAGCAGCUCGAUGUUGAAGCAGCGACGACUGACUUACAGCUGAGGGACAGAAGGACAGAGGGACAGAUCUGAGCCAAUUCGUUGCCUUUGACGGGGGAAGAAGCAUGGGGGACAACACAAGCAUUGCCACUAAAUCUGCCUUGCAAGCAGCUUUUUCGUCUGCAAGCCCGCUGCCGCUGCUGGUGGCGGCUCCCGGUGCGCACGGCCACAUCUCGGGCGCGCACUCGAACCAACCCCCCGGCGGCGCAGGCAUGAAGCUCGAGGCUGUGAUGGAGAACCUGCAGAGGCAGCAGGCGGCCCGGUUGGCGCUCGAGGAGAAGCUGAGAAGCCAAGCCGGGAAGGACAAGGACAUCAGGGCUGUUUUGGAGCAGCAACAAGAGCUCGCCUUCCGCCACUACCAGGCGUCGGUGCGCGGAGCUCUGGAGGCGCACAGGAUGUCGGCGCAAGUUCCGCGCGCCACCGACGACUCCGACGCGGACGACGAGCGCACAGCCCUGGACGACGACGACGAAGAUGAGAGAGACAUGGAGGAGGAAGAAUACAGCGUGAACGACGGCGACGACUUCGGAGGACCUGCUCUAGGGCACUAUGCGCCUCGCCAUGCCGCCGCGCGCUCCGGGGAAACCGGGUCGCCAAAAAGCGCGCAUGCGCUCACCAGGGUUCAAGCUCCGUACGCGGUGGCCCGGCAGCCCGUGUCUCCGCACGCGCAGCCCCAGCACCACGAGUGGACAUACGAGGAGCAGUUUAAACAGUCAGGAAAAGACAGCCAGCCUGGGAGCGAGGCGGGUAAUUCAAGUGUUCCUUUCCGUGGUGGUGGUGGUGGUGUUGGUGUUGGCUCCUCGUCUCUGAUUCAGGAGUUGUACGAGCUCGAUGAUGACGUAAAAAGAAAAGAAUUUCUCGAUGAUCUCUUCAGUUUCAUGCAGAAAAGAGGGACUCCAGUGAAUCGGAUUCCUAUCAUGGCCAAGCAGGUGUUGGAUCUCUACACUCUCUACAAGCUUGUCACCGAAAAAGGUGGCUUAGUGGAAGUCAUCAAUAAGAAAAUAUGGCGCGAGAUUACCAGAGGUCUCAACCUCCCUACCUCGAUUACCAGUGCAGCUUUCACUCUCCGGACCCAGUAUAUGAAGUACCUCUACCCAUAUGAAUGUGAAAAGCGAGGGCUGAGCUCACCUGGGGAACUUCAGGCAGCCAUUGACAGCAACCGGCGCGAAGGACGUAGACAGAGUUAUGGCUCAGCCCUUUUCAACUACUCGCCUGUGGGCACCCCAACCCUGCUGCCCUCACCCAAACUCCCCAUCUCCCACAUUGGUAUAGGAACCCCUAAUGGAGGCCAAAUGGCCCACACACCAAUCAUGAAGAAAGAAGACUCCAUCCUCUCUAGCUGCCUGACUAACCGGGUGGGCAUCCCCAUGCCCUUGGGUGGGCACCACGGCACAGCUGCAGCUGCACAGGCCGCCCAAGCUGCCCAGGCUGCAGCGGUCGUACAGGCGGCUGCCCUUGAGCAGUUGAGAGAGAAGCUGGAAGCUGGAGAGCCACCGGAGAAGAAGGUGAUGCUGAUGGCUGAGGAGCAGCAGAGGAUCAUGCAGCACGCGCUUCAGCAUAACUUCUUCACCAUGGCCAGCCAGCUGCCGAUGAAUAUCAAGCUCAACAACAUAGAUGACAGACAAGAGACUGCAUUGAACCUGUCUACCAACGGCAUUAGCAGCAUCAACAUGUCAAUAGAAAUAAAUGGAGUUGUCUACACAGGGAUCCUGUUUGCCCGUAAACCGGCCAUCUCUGUGAUGCCAGCUAGCCAGCGAGCUCAUCUUCAUGCCAGCUCUCAGGGAAAGAGCAGCAGCCCCAGUCUCAUCAGCCACAGCAAGCCGUCCUCUUCCUCCUCUUCCGCUUCCUCCUCGUCAUCCUCGCACGGACCGGCUGCCUCGCCUUAAACUCCUCCCAAACCCUGCUCCUUUUCCCCAACAGACGAAAGGCAGGCUGCUAAACUCUCCAGACUGUAUGUUUUUUGUAUCCUCUGAUAGUGACUUCCUACUCUUUCUUUUCUACACAUCUUCCUCCGAUCCAUACAAAGUCAAUCUCCUAAAUAGUACUUCCAUGAGAAAGACAUCCAUCAGACAUGACCGUAUCCUCCUGGCAGCACGUAUAAAGCAUGUUCAUUAUACAUACAUAUAUAUGGUGCAGGCUUUGAGGACUCGCGUCUUUCUGAGUAACACUUCUUUGGAUGGAAAAGAGUGCCAAGGAGCUGUAAGAUAACAAAAGGACAAGGGAGAUGAUGUUCCAUGGACAGAAUGCUUGAACAAAGAUGUAUCUGCUGUUAAACAUGAAAAUACAACUUGUCCUUCUUUGUCAUUCUUUUAUCUUUCUAUGUGAAUCAGACUUGCUUUAAUACCAAAAUACCAAAGAGCAUAUGAAUAACAUUGUGAUAUGGUGCACACGCAUAUUCUCCCAAUAUCAUCAUGUUUAGAUGAUGCCUGUGCAGAAAUAAAAUAUGCAAUGGUAAGGAUUAUCAAACUAAAGUACAAAUGAAUAUAUCAGUGGUAGACAAAGCACAUUCCGCUUAACAGGGGGCAUCGAGUAGUCAGGGAGAUGAGAUAAGUGUACUUUCUGUGUCAUAUUCUAGCUUUAACUUCUUUCUUUGGCGUUAAAAAAAAAGAAAUAGAUUAGACAUGAAUGGACAUGAAUAUUCCCUUGAAUGCCACGUCAUCCACAAAUAUUGGGACAAUCAUAAGAAUCAGUUAGAUCAGUGGUAUUUGGUAGGGUGGUUCACAAUAUGAUGGUAUAAGUAAAAGUUUUCUAAAUUUUGCCAAAUCACAUUUUGCCUUGUUCCUAUUGACAUUGUAAACAUCUGUACCAAAAAUUGAGCCAAUAGGAUGCCAGUAAAGGGUGGCACACUUUUUCACAAUUUUUAAUGUUCUACAUAAGAAUGCGUAAUUUUAGCAGAAACAGAAACUUGAACAUUACAAAAAUGAACAAUGCAGAAUGCUUGAUAAGCGUGCUCAAUAAUAAUCUCUCCCAAUCUCCCUGUACUUAUACUACAUAUAUUAGAACAUUAGAACAGUUCAAACACUAUAUUCCGUGUAUGAUGACCUUGUUCUCUUUGAUACUUUGUCUCUGUGUCCUUGCACAAUGCGGAGCAAAAACUGCUUUUGGUCUUCAUUUCGCACAGAUUGUUGACAGCGUUUAAUAAGGGCAAUGGCUCUCUCUGCACUGUCAUUGAUGACCUUCAAGGCAUGAACUUUUUGUCGCAGAUUCUCAUCUGUGAGAAUGGACCUCACAUCAUCAGGGUUACUUGUGCUGUUAAUUUGGCCUUCAGUGAGAACUUCAAAGAAGUGGAUUGAACGGCGAGUGACGAGGCUAGAGAUGGUAGUUGUACUGCUCUUGCGGAAGAAAGACUUGGCAUCAAGUCUUUUGAGCAUCUUCGCAGGGCGUCUUUCAAGAUUUCUCAGCAUUGCCUCCUUUUCUUCAGCAUCAAUGCGAGCAUCAAAAAAUGCUAGGGCAACGAGAUCUUCUGACAGAUACCACAAAUGUCGUGCAAUGCUCUUCAGUGCGGCAUCUGCAAUGCUUUUAUCCCAUAUCUUCUUUACUUCAACCAUAGUUGCUGUUGUGGCCUCUGAUAAAGCCUUCCCCUCUUCUAUAUGAUAGAGGAGGUGGAGAAGCACUUGCUCCUUUGAGGGAAGGCGUGCUCCUAAAAUGGAAGGUAGAGGGGGCUUCUCAAGCAAGUUACAUUUCUUUCUUGAUGCCAUUAUUCCUGAAAAUAGAAAAAACCAUUAACAAUUUCAAAAUUGUGAAAAAGUGUGCCACCCCUAAAUGUGCAGCAACGGACUCCAUUUUUGGUACAGAUGCUUAGAAUAUCAAUUGGAACAAGGCAAAAAGCGAUCCGGCAAAAUUUGGUGAAAGUCAAUUUUAUGAACCACCCUAGUAUUUGGUGAUGUUCUGUUACCCAAGCUGACAAACACUUUUCGCACCUCUGCCUCAAUUUCAUACCAAGGUUCAUAAGUGUUCAUUAAAUGCAAUUUUAUAUCAUUAAAGAUACUCAUUCUUGUCAAUAUAGGUUUCUCAUAGCUACAUUAGUCAUCGUGUCAUAUGUGUCGGGAUUGUGUAGUUAGGAAUUAAUUAUGAAAAAUGGCUGAGCACUUCAAUGCAACACCCCGAUAUGAGGAAAACAUAUACAUAUGUGGUUAGUAAGAAAAAAAAAAGUCACCCCAAACAGUAGUUGAUGAGAAUACUGUAUAUCUUUUAUUGUGAGUUGAGUCUGAUUUCUGAUUUCUGUUCUUGUUACCUUUGCUUUUGCUCCAUUUUUAUUUUUGUCUUCAAGGGCAAUUUGAGGAUAUUCUUUUUAUUCUUGUUAUUCUUUUUUCAGAAGUUUGUAAAGCAUAUAAUUUCAAAUUCUAUUUAUUAUUACAUUAAUUUUCAUUUUUGCUAUUUUUUUUAAUCCUGGGUUGCAUCGUUGCAGCAGCUCCAUGGUUAAAUUUAAAAAAAAAAAAAAGUUUAUUUUAAAUGCAGCCAGAUACCUCACAACUGUACCUGUACAUACGUGUAAUAGAUUAUAAAUUACAAGGUAUACCUCAUUUUAUUUCAUUUCUAUUUCUUGUGAAGCCACUUGAAAAUCAAAGCUUUUGUUUCAACAAAUCACUGGAUUUUUUUUUCCUAUUUUGUAUUAUUAUUAUUAUUAUACCAAAGAAGGGAAUUAUAUUAAUACGCAUCUACCUCAUUUGUUGUAGACUGUGCCAACAAACAUGACCACAAUCACCUGUUUUUAAAUGUAAUGUUUAAGGCUCCACAGCAAACAUGAUCCAUAUAGAAAGACAGGGCUGCGAACAACGCAGGGCUUUUUUUUUGACACAGUGUAAUUUGCAUUGUUUGUCUGUCAGAUUUUGUCUAUGGCAUUUUUAUGUGUGGAUAAAGCAAUGCCAGAAGGAUUUUAUUAUACGUACACAAUCUAUUCUGAGCUAUUUAAUAGUAACGGGCUUGUAAAUGAUAUGAAUGAUCUGAAUCAUUGGUGUACCACAAAUGGUUUUAUUCUGCACCAAAUGUUGUCGGUACAGCUCCAUAAGAAAAGCUACAACCAAUAACAACCAUGUUAUUUGGAUUUUAAGCGUUUGUAUAUGCACAGUGGUUUUGGCACUGUGUCUUAAGUUCUUAUAAUUGUUCAAUACCAGUGUUUACUUGAAUCACUGUUUGCAUACACAACAUUACAUUGGCUUUAAAGAUGACCAAAGGUGUGGUUUCCAAAUGCAGGCGGCAUGAUUGAUCACAUAACAUCAAAUUAAAAUGAUUCACUUGAGCCAUGUUGUAUGAAAUCUAAAGCUGGUCAAGGUUAAGCCUAAAUGCAAGGACAGCAAUGGCUGUUUUACAAAUUCUUUCAUAUGAAAUGAAACAACAUUGGCCAUGAUCUGUAUAAUUCCAGCAUACUUUGCAUUAGAUUUGGUUGGCUUUUGCAUUAGGUUUUAUAUCCUUGCAAAUGACUGCAGUAAUUACUGGCCCCCACAAAAACCCAGUAAAUCCAAAAAGCUUGUUUUCUCCUUGGAAAGACUUUGAGACUUUCAGGACUUGAGUUGUGAAUGCCUAAAGUAUUCUCCAAAUAUUUAAAUUUGACUAACGAUUGAAGAUUUCAAUUACAUCGUACAUGACUAAAUAUAAUUUCUACACUCAUCCUCAUCGUAGUUUUUGCCACUUUUAACUGAAUACUCAUUUUGCUGUGAAAAUAGCUCAGAAAAUAUUUUGAGUAAACAUGAUUAUAGUAUAUUGAGUUCAGGCCUUGGUUGAAAUGAUAACCGUAAGAAUGUAAAAACGUGUCCUGAAUUUAGCACAACAUCAUCCUAGAUCAUGACCAUGUUUUUAAAAUCAUUGUAUAGACACCAGAACUAAAGGGAACACAUGGAACAAUGAAUGGAGCACAGUCGACACACAGCUGUCGCAAUGUGAUGUGCUCUAACAGACGUUCUCUUAUUUGUAUUCCUGAUCAAUGGCACAGUUUAGAUCUUUUCGCGUAGCUGCCACUUCACAUCUCAUCUCUAAACUGCAGAGAUGUCUGUGCAACUCUGGAGUAUUUGUCGACUGUGAAACGAGAACAUGAGUCAGUGUGAUUCUUGUAAAACCAAAGCUUUUUCUAAAAAACUGUUCACCAUCAGAAAGCUUGUUAACAAAGACGAAAUCAUUUUGUUGGUAAAAAGGAAAAAAAAAGGUUCACUCAUGUGCUUACAGAAUUAUGUUUACUUUGUUAAAUAUGUACACAAUGCUAUGAUGGUAGAUUUUAGAUUCUUUUUCGCUGUGUAUGAAGCUUCAAAGCAUUUCUUUUAUUCCUCUUUUAUUUUAUUUUAUUUUAUUUGGAUAAUCCAGUGCAUUAUGGGAAAGCUGGAUUGUGGUGCUCAGGGGUUAAAAAAAAAAGUAGAAAAAAAAAACAGGUGAAAGAUUUUGUUUGUUUUGCCAUUAACUUGUAGCAUAAUUAGAAAUAAAGUACUUUCAACUUUA